CUUGCGAGGGAGGCCAGGCAGGACGAUACAACUCUCGCCGUCGCUGCUGAAUCGAAGCACACCACCUCCUCUCGCUCCGCUCCGCUCCGCCUCCUCACCUGACCCGACUAGGGUGCUCGCCGCUGAUCUCGCCGCGCCCGCCAUGGCCGCCGCGCACCCGGGCUCCUCCGCCGCCGCCGGAGAGGCCCCGACCACCGGGGAGCACCGGAUGGGGACCACUAUCAUCGGGGUCUGCUACGAGGGCGGCGUCAUCCUCGGCGCCGACUCCAGGACCAGCACCGGAAUGUAUGUGGCCAACCGUGCUUCAGACAAAAUUACUCAGCUGACAGACAAUGUGUAUGUCUGCCGCUCUGGAUCUGCUGCUGAUACACAAGUCAUUUCGGACUAUGUACGUUAUUUCCUCCACCAACACACAAUCCAGGCUGGGCAGCCAGCUACUGUUAAAGUUGCGGCCAACUUGAUUAGGUUGCUAGCCUACCAGAACAAGAACAUGUUGCAAGCUGGCAUGAUUAUUGGAGGAUGGGACAAAUAUGAGGGAGGCCAGAUUUUUUCGGUCCCUCUUGGUGGAACGAUUCUGAGGCAACCGUUUGCAAUUGGAGGUUCAGGUUCCAGUUACCUUUAUGCGCUUAUGGAUCAUGAGUGGAGAGAGGGAAUGAGCGAGGAAGAGGCACAGAAAUUUGUAGUCAAGGUAGUUUCCCUUGCUAUGGCCCGUGAUGGUGCUAGUGGAGGAGUUGUUCGUACAGUUACCAUAAACGCGGAUGGUGUCAAGAGAAACUUUUACCCUGGUGACAAGCUUCCACUGUGGCAUGACGAGCUGGAGCCCCAUAACUCAUUGCUCGAUAUUCUUGCUGCUGGGAACCCUGAUCCCAUGGUGCAGUGAACUUGCCCUCCAGCCGCUCACCUUCCUUUGUGAAAUUUCCUACUGUAUGACUUGUUCAAGAUUUCAACUAAAGAAUUUGAAACAAUUCCUGCUGCCGCACGAAAGUGUUUACUUUUUUCUUAUUGUUGUGAUGUUGUUGCACCUUACUAAAUUUCUGUUCGGCAGAUUGAUCGCCAUUCUGAGGUGUGGUUAGUGUCAUCAGAGCACUGUGAUUUUAGUUAAAUGGUUGGAUGUUA